AAAAGAAACCACAGAGGAGGAAGUGAAUUUUUACAGGCACUUCACGUAAGAAAGGAACUAUGACAGCAGGAAAUCUAUAAAGACGGAACAGUUAACCACCUACAUAGCAAAAAAAGAAAGAAACAUAUAUAUUGCAUACUAACGAGACGAAACAAUUUACAGAAACAAAAUUGCCGGUGAACACGAUGUGGAAAGCUGCCGUGGGACAAAAUGUAAAAGUGACUGAAGUUGCAGGAGGUGAUGACUGGGAAACUGAUCCAGAUUUUGUGAAUGAUAUCACAGAAGAAGAGCAGCGGUGGGGGGCAAAAACCAUACAAGGGUCUGGCCGUCCACAGCAUAUAGACAUAAAGGAAUUAAGAAGCAAUGUCUCUAAAGAGCAUGAGCAAUUGAAGAAGAAUGAGUUUCAGCAAGGUCCCAAAGCAUCUUAUGGAUAUGGCGGACAAUUUGGAACAGAGAAAGAUAGGAUGGACAAGAGUGCCUUGGGACAUGAUUAUAGGGCAGAGAUGGAACAGCAUUCCUCACAGACCGAUGCAGCUAAAGGGUUUGGGGGGAAAUACGGUGUGCAGAAGGAGAGAUGUGAUAAGUCUGCAGUUGGCUAUGACUAUAAGGCUCAAACAGAAAAGCAUUCAUCGCAACAAGAUCAUUCCAAAGGUUUUGGAGGACGUUUUGGAGUCCAGACCGACCGCGUGGACAAGUCUGCCGUAGGAUUUGAACAUAAGGAGCAGUUGCAGAAGCAUUCAUCUCAGCAAGAUCAUUCCAAAGGUUUUGGAGGACGUUUUGGGGUUCAGACCGACCGUGUGGACAAGUCUGCCCUAGGAUUUGAACAUAAGGAGCAGUUGCAGAAGCAUUCAUCUCAGCAAGAUCACUCUGUAGGAUUUGGGGGAAAAUUUGGGGUACAGAAAGAUAGACAAGAUAAAUCAGCUCAUGCUUGGAGUCAUAAAGAAAAUGUGCAGCUCCAUGAAUCUCAGAAAGACUAUGCAAAAGGGUUUGGGGGCCGAUAUGGUGUACAGACUGACCGAGUGGACAAGUCUGCUGCAGGCUUUGGUGAGAUCGAAUCACCCAGUUCUGCAUAUGAGAAAACACAGCCUCUUGAAGCCAUGACAAGUGGGGCUCAGAAUCUAAGAUCUCGAUUUGAGAAUAUGGCUAAGGUGGCGGAAGAAGAAAACCGGCAGAAAGCAGAGGAAGAGAAAGCCAGGAGACAGAUUAAAGACAAGAUGGAACGAGAGAAACAAGCAAAGAAGGAGACUCAACAAAGCUCAGAUUUUGGGCAGUCUCAGAAGCAGCCAGCUCCCGUCUCUGUUCCUGUCCCAGUUCCCCGUAUUUCUGUCACUCCACAAACUCCAGAAGAGGAAAUACCAACAGAUUCUGAAUAUGAGGCACCUCCAGCUCUUCCCCCCAGACUUCCUGAAAUGAUGAAGGACACUGUACCUCGUCCAGAACCAUUUGUCCAGAAUGACACCUGUAUGACUACGAAGGAGAUACCAGUAGAUUCUGAAUAUGAGGCUCCUCCAGCUCUUCCUCCCAGACUCCCUGAAAUGAUGAAGGGCACUGUACCUCCUCCAGAACCCUUUGUCCAGGAUGACACUUAUGAAGACAUUCCCGCACCCCCCCUUGAUACAGAAGAAGAGUAUGAAGACAUCCCAGACCCUCCACCAAGGCUAGAAGAGGAAGAAACUGAAGACUAUGAAAUCAUGGAUCAACCAGUUGCUGAAGAAGAUUCUUUAUAUGAAGAAUUACCACAGGAGAGUGAAGAUGAGCCAUCUAAACAGAAAGGAUCCUCUGGGAUGACUGCAAUUGCCUUGUAUGAUUAUGAAGGAGGUGGCGAUGAUGAGAUCUCAUUUGAACCUCAGGAUCUCAUCACAGAUAUUGAGAUGAUCGAUGAGGGCUGGUGGAGCGGAUACUGCAGAGGGCGCCGUGGACUCUUUCCUUCUAAUUAUGUGGAGCUUAUGCAGUAAUAGAUUACAUUACUGCCAUUACAAGCUGUAAAGUGAAAUUCUUUAAGGCUAGGUCCACAUAACACAUAUGUCCUGGCAGGGUCUCCGUCUGGUCCAUUGAAAUGAAUGGCAUCCGCUGUUACUGUAUACAUCUGUAUCCCAUUUCUGAUAAGAUGCCGACGGAUACCUCUGACGGACUGCUAAAACACGGUGUUGACCAAGCCUUACACUAUAUAGAGCUUUGCAAGAAAUAAGGUUUCUAAGUGUGAAAAAUCUGAACAUUGAAAUGCAUCAUGUGGAAGAAAAUGUUGAUGAAUGUACAAUUCACUCCAAACCUCUAACAUGCACUUUUAAUAAAGAAGCAAAUUCCUGCUUUAGUAUUAAAGGGGUAAUUUGAUGGAAAACUUUUUUUUUUUUUUUAAAGAACUGGUGCCAGAAAGUUAAACAGAUUUGUUAAUUACUUCUAUUAAAAAAAUCUUAAUCCUUCCACUUUCAGUACUUUUUAGCACCUGUUUGCUACAAAGGAAAAUCUUUUUGAAUUUAUUUUUUUGUGUUGUCCACAGUGCUCUCUGCUGACACCUGAUACCCAUUUCAGGAACUGUCCAGAGCAGGAGAAAAUCCCCAUAGCAAACCUAUGCUGCUCUGGACAGUUCCUGACACGGAUAGAAGUGUCAGCAGAGAGCAUUGUGGGCAACACAAAAAAAUUCAAAAAGUAAAGAAUAUCCUCUGUAGCAUACAGCUGCUAAAAAGUACUAAAAGGAUGAAUAUUUUGUAAUAGAAGGAAUCUACAAAUCUGUUUAACUUUCUGACACCAGUUAAUUUAUAAAAAAGAAAAAAUUUCCACCGGAGUACCCCUUUAAGAUUAUUAUCUGUAAUGUUUCUUACUGCCGGCUGCAAUAAUCCAUGUGAAUAAAGU